GAUAAUACAGAAACACUCCAAACUCACGCAGGGCAAGUGCAAAUAUCGGAAGACUGCAUGUGAGUCAUACAAUGUGACUCAUACCGUUCAAUGCAACUUAGGUAAUACAGAUUACAAGGCUUUUGUUGAAAAGUAAAUCUCUGCGAGCACACAUACAUCAUUUUUUAUACUUAAAAUAAAAAAAUUUGUAACGUAGUGACACGAUUUAUUUUCAAUUUACUCGUUAUGCAAGAGUUAAAUGAAGCAAAUCAAGUUGUGCAACAACCCAUUUUAAAAAUUCCAGAAUCAAUAUUUGGAAGCAAAGGAACCAAGGGAGAAUGGAAAUGGAAAACAGAUCCAAUUCCAAAAUCUAUAGGAAAAAUUGAAAUUUCGCCUGGUCCCUCUACCACGUUAAGGCAUGCUACAUCAUCACGCCUAUUAUGGCAAAUAUUAUUCGGGCAAGGCGAUGCCGUGGCGGACGGUAUUGUCCUUGAAGGAAGUGUCCGUUCAGGUGACGCCCUUCCCCUCGUUUACUGUGGCGUGGCGCUAUCAUCUGCUGAAUUAUCGCCAAUCGAAAAGUAUUCUGAUGCAUACAAUUUCGCAACCCAGCAAAGAUAUGGGGCAGCCGUGAUACAGUUCAAGUUUGAGGAUGUCGUAGGGAAUGCAAACUGCAGUCUGAAGGUCCUUGGAACAAAAACUGCCCAUUUCUGGAAAGAAGUUUCGCAAAUGUUAUUGGUCGAUUUUGGAAACAAUUUUCAACGUCCAGAUUAUCUGAAAAAUUUCGAUCGUGGGGCAUCUUGGACCCUUUACUAUGACUAUCAAGGGAGGUGGACCCAUCCAGAAUUUGUGUUUUCUGAUAAGGUGAAAGUGCCUUGGGAAAAGGUUAUGAUAAGAUUUGAAGAUCACAAUUGCGUAAACGGGUCGAACCUAUGUCAGGAUUGUAUCAUUUAUCGAAAGAUAAAAAAUAAAGGGUCACGACGUGUGGUACUCGUGGGAAGGGACUACAAUAGGUCGGAGGGUGGGAGAGAUAUCAAGAUAAAUAAGGAGACCCUUGAAGAGUUAGGUCUCCUCUCUAAAGACAAAUUUUAUUGUACCAAAGAUUUGGCAAUUUAUUUAUUCGCGAUGAGAAUUCCGACGGAUAAAAGGGAUUUGUUUUUGGGAUCGUUUGCUACAAUUUUUGAAGAGGAUACUAUUAAGCUUAUUAAAAGACAUUUUGCACUGAACACAGUAAUUUUCUAAUAAUAGGAAACAUAUACUUUAUGGAUUUUGUGCUUGUGUUAAAUACUAAAAGAUAAUAAAUUCUUAUAAAUUGUAUAUUGUGUACACAA